UGAGAGCGCAGACGAUGUUUGUUGACAUUUUUGUUUUUUAAUUGUUCAAACACAACUGUAAUGCAAAGUUUAUAAUUCCAAUAAAACCCUAGUUAGCUAUCGUGAAAGCGAAAUCCUUAUGUGAAAAUUACUCAGCAUUCCUUUGUGCAUUCCUUGUUAUCGUGUAAUCUCAAGUCUUAGUUGUUAUUGGCGUCCAUCAGUUCAACCGAAUAAGUGCCUUGAAAAAUGUUUCGAAACUUUGUUUCUCAUCAAUCUAGAAUGAUCUUAACAUGGGCUCCCUACAAAAAGCCUGCAUUUUGGGUUAUUUUUCUUGCCAUUCUUCUUCCUUUCAUGAUUCCCGUUAUUCACAUGAUAAUUUUUUCAAAAUUGUGGAAGCAAUACAAUAGAACCAUUGACAAAAAAACAUGCUCCUGCUCAUGCUGGGAUACAGUUUUUAAAGGAAACUAUGAGGCUGGAAUAAGUGGCUACAAGCAUAUUUACUUUAAUGCAACAGAACAGUCAGCCAAAAUUUGGCUGCUAACAGUCCUAUAUGUUAUUGUUUGCUAUGAAUCAAUGAAGUAUCUUUUGAAGUUGUGGAGUACAAAAGAGCUUCGUUAUACCAUGUUCAUAUUGUUUGCCAGUGUGGUCUACUCUCAUUAUUACUCAUUUUGGGGAUAUGUAAACUACUACAAUGAUGAUUUCUAUUCACAAUUUUAUCACCAGAUGUUCUUUUCCUUCACAGAAAUAUGCAGUACUUUUUUUGUGUUGAAGCUUGCCAAUCUCAACAUUGAAUUGUCAUCUGGUAAAUUGCUUUUUAUUAUUGAUAUAGCCAUCCUCCAUGUACUCACAGCAGGAUGGGAUCAAUUUGUCACAAAUGUCAUCAAACAGGAAGGUGAACUGCAUCAAGUGCUAAGAGACAUUUUCUUCAUGCUACCGGAUCUUUUACAUAUUGUCAUUGCAGUUUAUCAACUGUUCAAAUUAUCUCAAAUCAAAAAAAGACCUGUGACACAUCUAAUUUCAAAUGAGCAGUUCUUUGGCUCUGUAUUGUUGGUUUCUGCUUUAUGGGUUGUAUGCCUUACUUUAUAAAUGCUUCUGAUAUGCGGGCACCAGGUUAGACUAACACGAUGUUUCAAAAUAAAAUCUUUGAAGAUCUGCAA